UUUUAUCACGUUCUGUCUAGUUGAUCAGAUGUUCUGCAGUGUUGUUUUGUGUGUGAUUAGUUUUGUCAUGAAACUCGACUGGUGUCUGACGACGGUGCAUGUGAACUUGCAGCUUUGCUGGUGCAUCAGAGAGCACGUAUGCAGCGACUGUGGCACGAACUCGAGCAGAAGAAGAGAAAGCUGGAGAAGCUGAAAGAGGAAGUCAAUGAGAUGGAGAACGACCUGACGAGGAGACGACUGCAGCGCUCCAACUCCGUCUGUCAGAUCCCGUCUAUUGAGGAGAUGCAGCAGUUGAGGUGUAAGAAUAGACUUCUGCAGAUCGAUAUUGAUUGUUUAACCAAAGAGAUUGACCUCCUUCAGACACGAGGUGAGAGGCUUUUCCUCGUUUGCAGAGAGCUUACGCUUGCUUUCUCUGGGGUUUGCAGCACCCAAACUGCUUGCUUUCAGGAAAUUCUGUUCUCACUACCGUUUUGAAAAGUGUUCAAAUAAAGCGGGUGUGGCAUUACUGGUCAGAAACGGGGUGUCAAAAUGUUUCCUAAACGGGGUGUAAAAGAGAUCACGUUUAGCUGAUAAAUGACGGAACGAGU